AUGGCGAAGAGUGAAUUAAAUUCAGUAACAAAACACUGUUUUGAUGAACACAUCUGCACUUGCCAUGAUGCACCAUACCCAACUCUGCUUCUGGCCCUGUCUUCUCACAAGACUUUGAGAAUCAAGCAAUUCCUGGCCAAACAUAAUGGUCCUUUUCCUCAAUGGACUCAGAUGAAAACUGCUAAUAAAAUCAGGUACAACUUCAAGAGAAAACACUGGAGGAGAAUGAAGCUGGGUCUGUAA